ACUCCUCUGCAAACUAGGGUUUUCGGCUGGCAAAAUACUCAGCUCGAGAGAGAGAGAGAGACAGAGAGAGUUAGAGAGGUACCAUGAAGACUAUACUCUCCUCAGAGACGAUGGACAUCCCGGACGGGGUGAAAAUCAAGGUGAAAGCCAAGCAUAUUGAGGUGGAGGGUCCCAGAGGUACACUCACCCGCAACUUCAAGCACCUCAACCUGGAUUUCCAGCUCAUUACCGAUGAGGCCACCGGAAAACGGAAGCUUAAGGUCGACGCGUGGUUCGGAUCACGGAAGACCACUGCUGCUAUUCGCACCGCCCUCAGCCACGUCGAUAACCUCAUCACCGGCGUUACCAAGGGCUUCCGCUACAAGAUGCGCUUUGUAUACGCUCACUUUCCCAUCAAUGCAUCAAUCACUAACACUAAUAAGUCCAUUGAGAUCCGAAAUUUCCUUGGCGAGAAGAAGGUCAGGAAAGUGGACAUGCUUGAAGGGGUUUCUGUUGUCCGCUCUGAAAAAGUGAAGGAUGAAUUGGUAUUGGACGGGAAUGACAUUGAGCUUGUGUCUCGCUCAUGCGCACUUAUUAACCAAAAAUGCCAUGUCAAGAACAAGGAUAUCAGAAAAUUCCUCGAUGGUAUCUAUGUCAGUGAGAAAGGCAAAAUUGACGAGGAAGAAUAAAGCACCAUAUAGCCUUCUAGUUUAUCUGUUACCUUUUUAUCUUGAGUAUUUGCUCCUUAAUUUUGACUGUCAAUUUGUAGACUUGCUAUGGAGUUAAAUUCAAAGAUUUUUUGUUUUGAGGACAUGGUCUCAAUAGUACUACUAUAAUCUUAUCUCUGAUAUUUUAAAGCAUUCA